AUGUCCUGCUACGAGCAGUGCAAACAGCCCUGCCUGCCUCCUCCCACCUGCGUGAAGUGCCCACAGGGCGUGGAGCCCUGCAGCACGGUGUGCGUGGAUUCCUGCGGCAGCGUCUGUGUGAAGCCCUGCUCCACGCAGCGUGUGGAGGUCUGCUCCCCAAAGUGCGUGGACGUCUGCGCCGAGCCCUGCGCCACCCAGCGCACCACAAGCUGCUGCACCACCCAGUGCGUGGAGCCCUGCAGCACGUUGUGCGCGGAGCCCUGUGCCACGCAGUGCGUGGAGGUCUGCCCCCCCAAGUGCGUGGAUGUCUGCGUGAAGCCCUGCGCAACCCCGUGCUGUACCACCCAAUGCGUGGAGCCAUGCGUCACCCAGUGCUGCACCAAGUGCGUGGAGCCCUGCCCAGCCCAGUGCGUGGAGGCGUGUGCCACCAAGUGCGUGGAUAAGUGCGAGACAGUGUGCCUGGAGCCAUGUGCUACCACCUGCUCUCGUCCCUGCUGA